GAGUCGAGUCUCUCUCACAGUGUGUUAAAGGCAGGCACAGGGCCGAGUAGUGACAAGGGGUUCGACAGGUCGGUCCGAUAUUUUCGACGUCCGCGACGCUUUUGCGGUUUUUUAUCCCGACGUACGUUAUUCAACCGGCAAGCUGUGGGCUUCAAGUGUAUUUCCCCUGCCGGCGCAGGUUCAACCGGCAUAUUACCCGGUAAGCCCAGUACAUCCUUAUGGCGAUGAUUAUGUAAGUUCUCUCCAGGCAGUACGACACCCUGCACCCUGGGCUGGCAACGCACGCAUGCACAUGGUACAAACGACUAUGGCGGCGCCCUUCGCCUACACCCAAAAUGGCGAAGCUCCAACAAGCAAAGACACGCCUGGGAAAGAGGGACCCCCAUUUACCCCGCCGGGAGCACCUUCGGCGCCUCCUGGCGGGCCAGUAGCACCUCACACACCACAACCAGCAUCAGCACCGCCUGUUCCUGUCACCGUCUCCUCUAGUGGAGCAACGGUGGCAGGAGGGUUACCAGUUCAGGUUCCUGUUGGCCCUCCUGUUGUAGCUAAUGGCGUGGAACAACAGGGCGUUAAUACGAAUGAACCAGAGAGUGGAGAUGCCUCAGCCAAUGGGCAGCCUGGAACACCAGCACCAAGCAAAGAGCAGCCCAAGCGACUUCAUGUCUCCAAUAUACCAUUUAGAUUUCGUGAUCCAGAUUUGAGAAAUAUGUUUGGGAAAUUCGGCACAAUUUUGGAUGUGGAAAUCAUCUUUAAUGAGCGUGGAUCAAAGGGAUUUGGCUUCGUGACCUUCGCUUCAGCUGGUGAUGCAGACCGGGCCAGGGAGUCACUGAACGGCACAGUUGUGGAAGGUCGCAAGAUUGAGGUGAACAAUGCAACAGCUCGCGUCCAAACCAAGAAGCCUGCAGCUGCUGUUCCCAAUGUAUUACUGGCUAGAAAUGGAAUGGUGCCGUCAGCUGUAGCGACUGCAGCCGCCGCCCUGAGAGGGGUUGCCAUCCAGCGCGGCCGAGGUCGGUCAUAUCCGGCAGCUGCCCUUGCACGGCAUCCCACCCCACUAACUGCUGCCUCUACGGCCGCCCUGCAUGGCUACACACCUGGUGUUUAUUAUGACCCCUUCUUAGCUGCUCAAGCUGCCUCAGCCACAUCACUACAAGUAAAUCAGCAAGCUGCGGCAGCUGCACUAGGCCAAUCAGCUGCGGUCAAUCAAGCAGCUGCGGUCAAUCAGGCACAGCUUCUUAAGACCCCAACACUUUCUGUUUCAACGGCACAGCAGGCGGGGUACGCAGCUGCGGCUAAUGCCUACACUGCAGCUGCAGCGAGGGCCUAUGGGGUAGCUGCUGCUGCUGCCCAACCUACCGCAGUAGCUGCUUAUCCAACUAUCGCAGCAGGAUCGAUCUAUUACAGUGAGCGGGCAUAUCCGGACCCCUACAUCGCUGCUGCUUCGGGCAUUGGACCAGUCGCUGGGUAUGGGGCUGUUUACAGAGGCUCCUACAAUCGCUUUGCACCAUAUUGAAGAAACCCGCAUUCAUGUGUGUGUGUGUGUCUUCAUAAAACAUGACAAUUGCUGUUCAGAUUUGCUCACUAGAAGGUAAUUCAUCACGACUGCGUUUGGAAGCGUUGGAGGCAGUGGAAGCAGCGAAGGCAGUAGUCACUUCUUCCAAUGCUUCCAGAUCGAACUUCACCUCCCAAGGAAACAAGGUGCGGCUUCCGAACCCUCGACUGUGAUGUCUCUGCAGUAUGGUAGAUUAACUAUAAUUUAUGGAGUCUCUUAGAGUAUGACAUAGAGAGAUCCUAAACUGUGGGGUCUCUGUAGUAUGGAAUAGAUUGACCCUAAAGUUUGGAGAGUUUGGAGGAUGCAUAAAUAGGGAAGCCUUAGGAGGAUGGCAUUACAGUAAUAAAUUUGCCCUAAACUUUGGGGAGUUUGGAGAAAUGCAUAACUAGAUUAACCCUCAGCUGUGAUCCAUCUUAGAGUAUAACAUGACAAGAAAAAGACCCUAAAGUGAGAAGUUUGUGGAGGAUGACAUGAACAAAAUAACUGCUGAUUGAAGCCGUCACAUCAAGUCACAACAUUUAGUUGGGGGAGUUAGUCUGUGUUUCUGGUGAAUCUCUCUGUAUAUGGUUGUUAAUGGUUAAUCUAUAUGUUAUUGCAAAUUUAUCUGUUACGGUGUAAUUUACAUUAUGUUAAGGUGGACUUUGUAACAGUUCUUAACAAUGAAACAUAAAUCCAGAUAAAUAUCAUAUUUGUUAUAAAUAAUAACAGAAUGGCAGCUAUUUGAAGGUAAUUUUCAUUUCUUAAGAGUUUUAAACAGUUUGUGAUAUAAUGUAAUGAAUUGAAGGCAGCUCAGAAUUUUUUUAUGCUCUGUAAUUUUAGAUUUUACAGGCUGGAUGCAGCUCAAAGAGUGUUAUGUCAUGUGCUUCAUGAGAUUAUAGGCUAAGGCAGUCAGAAUGUGUUACAUCAAGAAUUAUUAAAGAUGUUACAUUGAAUAAGUUACCUCAACUGUUACUUAUGAUGAUAUGUAAAUGAAGUAUAUAAGAGGUUUUAGGCUUCAUAAUGGCAGUGUAACACUUAGUAAUGCAAUGAAACUGAAUACAACUUGUAAUACUGUAUUUUAUGUAAUGGGGCAGUAUAACAUUAUGCACUAAUGUAACUGAAUGUAGCUGGUAACAGAUUGUAGAUAAUGUCAGGUAAGUGUAACACCUUGUAACAAUUUUAGUGAUGUGAAGGUCUUAUAACACCUUAUAAUAUAAUGUGAGUGUUGUAUCGGAUGUCAGGAGAUAUGAAGGAACAUCUCAUAUUGUAACAAUGUGAGUCAUGGCAGAUUUAGGUGACAUCAGGCAGGUAUAACAUUGUAAUAUCUCAUAAUUUUAAGUUGAUGUGACAAUGACAUAACACUGUGUAACAUAACAGAUCCUCGGGGAUGUAGAGAUAUAUGUAACACCAGAUAACAUAAGAGAUUUUACUGUGACGUGACGGCAGUGUAACAGUCAACACAGCCCGUGACAUAUUGCGUGAUAUUAAGGGCAGUUUAUCACCCUAAAAUGUAAUACAGUGAUAUCUUUGUUACCCGGAGCAAUUGGUGCUGAGCACUUCCGGGAAUGAGAGAUUUCUGGGUAGUGAGACGACUCUCUCAAAGCCGGAAAAAAUCCCUCAUCCCAGAAUUUUCUGGGUAAUGGAAAAAUGUUCUCGGAAGUUCUAGAAAUUGCCCAUUACAUCAUCUCUCGAACCCAGAAAGACAUCCCCCAACCCCAGAAUUUUCCGGAUACCGGAAAACUUUUCCCGGAAUUUUCGGAAAAUGGCCUAAUUUUCAUCUCUCAAACCCGGAAAAAACUCCCCCAUCCCCGGAAUUUUCUUGGUCAUCAGGAAAAUUUUAUCUGAAUUUUCCGGAAAAUGUGCCCCUCAGAAAAUCGUUCCCGAAGCUGGAAUUUUCCAGAACUUCCAGCUUUGAGAAUGAUUUUCCGAGAAAAUUUCAAUUCUGGCUAUCGGAGCGUUCUGGAUUUGAGGGAUUCCGGCGAAUGGAGAUAUUACUGUAUAACAGAUUUUAGGGUGACAUGAGGGCAGCAUGACACAGAAAGCAGCAGCUUGCAACAGGUAUUAGAUGACGCUGGGGGCAGUGUGACACUCAUCGCAGCUUGUGGGUUACUAGGUGAGCUAAGGGCAGUGUGACACUGAAUGCAUCUCAUAACAGGUACUAGGUGACACUGAGGGCAGCGUGACAUUGAUCGCAGCUUGUAACAGGUACUAGGUAACACUAAGGGCAGCAUAACAUUGCUCAUAACAGGCAUUAAGUGAUAUUGAGGGCUGCAUAACACUUCAUAUUGUAACAAACGACAGCUGAUAUCUUGAACUUGAGGGGGUGACAGUCAGGCUCUGUUAUGAGGCGUUACGGCAGGACAAUUGGCAACACAAGGCCAGAAAAUAACACCAUAAUGCAUUAGUAACAAGCCCAUAACAACUGUGUAAUUUACAUAAAUCCUGUUACUGUAAAUUGUCUCUUUUUAUGGUGUUUUAUUCUAUGUUUUCUUUAUUUAUUUUUAUUUUUUGUCCUCGUAAAUGACACAUUUUUUACGAUGGUGAAUUGUAAUAUGACGUAAAAUGAUUUUUGUCAUAAAUGAUUUUUUUUUUACAAUUUUGUAUUAGUUACAAGAAAACGCAUACAAACAAUGAGUUUCUCCAUGUUUGUAAUCGAUACAGCGUUUGUUUUUCAUCUUAGAUGGCAGAAAAGCAUUUUGUAAAUGUAAAGAAAAUGUAGUGUGUUUUAAUGUCUUCAACGAAUGUAUGAUUAACUCUUACCAUUUCUUGUACAGUGUAAUUGUAAAUCACUUGUCUGUUUACAUUUUAUUGCGUAUUAUUCUGACGUAAAUGUGUAUUGUUUAAGUAAGUGUAAAUCUCUCCGUAAAUGAUGAUAUUAAUAGAAUCUCAUUUUAAGGUAAAUGUUGUAUUGUUUGUAAAAAGAAACAAGCGCACAUAAAAGUAGAAAUGUGUUUUUUCAUGUUUGUAAGUCAAACGUGUAGUUCUACGUCUCACGUUUGUUUAGUAGAAUUAUGUUUUCUGUAUGUUUGUAAAUGAAGUGAGUAGGUAUUCAACCUUUGUGUUUGUUAAUGGAAGUUUUAAUUUUUGUGUUUUCCUUGUGUUUUAAAACACUCAAGUGCAGCUGUUAAGAAUUUACUUGUCUUUACUUUUUACAACAACAAAAUGCAGCACUACUCAAAUCACGUGUUUGUUCAAUGUCAUUUUAGUAAAAACAAACAUAGGUGUUUUAAUGUGUUUUUUAUGUAUGUUUCACUCAAAUGCGAGAAGAACCCAAGCCGUUCAGGUCACAACAUUUGGUCACAAGUUUUACACCCUUUUGGACAUGAGGGCCACAGGAUAGAGCCUGAGAACCCUUAAAAGUGUUAAUUAUUAUCAUUAUCGUUAAUCUUAUUGCAAUUCAUCUUUUCUUUUUCUUAUAAAAAAAUAUAAUACACACUCCAUUACUAAUUUUUUUUAUAUAAAAAACAAUGGAAAACGGCAUGUGGGUUCUCUAAUAUACCUCUAUAAUUACAUUUUUUAGGUCAGUAUAAUUAGUAAUUACCAUUUAGUUAUCUUUGUUAAUUAUAAGCUUUUAAAAUCAAAGUCAAUUUAUGAUGCGCACAAUCAUUUCCUCAUUAGUGGAGGCGGUUGGGUAUGCCCUAUUAGGCCUAGGCAGUGUGGGUACAGCACACUGUAGGACAUUGAAAUUUCAGUAUAAUUGUGUCCUUUUAGGCUAAUUUAGGGGCAGUGUGUAUACAGCAGACUGCAGUACCUUGAAAAGUCAGAAUAAUUGUGCCCCUGAAGGUCAUUUUAUGGGCAGUGUGGAUAAAGUUCACUGGGAUGUUGAAAUUUGGUUACAGGAGGCCCAUGCACCAUACCUGACCAACUUCACUAACCCAAACUGUAAUGUUAGGUACCCAUUCACAGGUGGGUCAGCUGGGGGUGCCCCGGAAUAAAACCAGAGGCCUAAUAAGUACUCAUUUACAGCUGGGUCAACUUUGGGUGUCCCAGGAUGGAACCAGUGACCAAUUAGGCAUUCAUUGAUAGCUGGAUGAACUGGGGUCACCCAUCUCAUAAAUGGGUAAAUUUUGGGUACCCUGGGAUUGAACCAGCGACCCUCAGGACUAGAGGCAAGUGCUGUAUCAACUUAGCCACUGAAAAUGUCCGACAGUAUAUAAAAAAUGCUCAUAUGACAUUAGUUAUAAAGAUGAUAUUAAUAGUGUUAAUUAAGUUGUAAGUUGUAGUGUUGUUGUGGCACUGAAGACAUGUGUUAUGGUGUUGUGUGUGUGUGUGUGUGAGAGAGAGAGAGAGACUGAUUUUGUGUGCUGAAGAGAAUGUGAGAGAGUGACAGUUAUAGUAUUGCUAUGAUAUUAAAAAUGUGUGUGUGCACGUGCGUGCUUGCGUGCGUGCGUGCAAUUAAGAGAGAACGAGAUUAUUUUGAGAGGUAGAUAAAUAGAUUGAGAGAGAGAGAGAGAGCAAUAUUGCAAAUCUCAUAGAAGCUCAGGAACAAAUAAUUGACCUGACCUGACCUAGAAUAUACUCAUGAAAUCUUACUAUAAAAUGGCGCACACCAUAACACAUGCCUCUUCCUAUGCCCAAUUUUACCCCAUGUCCCAAUAUACCCCAUUUCACGACUUAUUAAAAAUCCCUAUUUAAUGGCAGUGUCCUGGUAGCUAUCGUGUGUGUGUGUGUGUGUGUGUGUUUGUUUGUGUUUUGGGGUCAAAUUUACUUGCUAAAGACAAUUUACAACAUGGUGCUUGGUUGAAAUUGGCUUGUAAUUGUGGUUGGUUAUCCAAUUUUGCACAAAUUUGCAGGAUAUUGUGCUUGGUUAUCAAUUCUGCACAAAUAAUACAUUGAAUUUGCACAACUUGUUUCAAUAUUGGGAAAAAUCGCACAAUAUGGUUCAAGAUUGAGAAAAAAUGCACAAAUGAGUCAAAAAUUACUCGGAUUUGCUCUAGUUUGUUGAAGUUAGCAAGAAUUUUAACAAAUUGAAAAAAAUCUGAUGAUAGAUCAAUAUUAGCAGAAAUUUUAUCACAGUUGGUAAAAAUUGGAUCAAAAUAUAGGGAAAUAACAAAUUGGCAAAGAUUAAGCAAAAAUUGUCCAUAAAAUUGUAAGAUUUGCAAAAGAAUUAUUUUUAGUUAUUUAAAUUGGUAGAAAAUUAAUAUGGUAGUAUUGCAAAAAUUGGUAGAAAUCACAAAAAUUGAAUGAAAUGUGCUCAAAAUACAUAAAAUUGCACAAAAUUGGUAUAAACUUACACAAGUUUGGUAGAAAUUGGGAGAAAAUCGCACAAAAUCAUUCAAAACUGGGUUGAAAUUGGGAAAGCAAAUUAUAUAAACCCGUCAAGUGCAAUAAUACAUCUGUGUAAUUUUUCAAGACGUGUUCAAACAGUAGAUGUCCAUAGAAUUGAUAUUGACACCUCGGAAGUCUGUAAAAUCUAUUGUUAACAUCCGAGAUUCUGUAAACCAAUGAUUGACACCUCAGAGGUUUGUAAACCAAUGAUUGGCACCUCAGAUGUCAGUAUUAUCACUAUGACACCUCCUCAAAUGUCCGUAUUAUCGCUAAUUGACACCUCGAAUGUCCGUAGAAAUAGAGGCAACUCACCACAGGAAACGGGAACUCGUCACAACCAAAGAAUUUCAGUAUUUGUGUUUUUUUUAACUGGCAAUUUUUUUUACAGGUUUUGUAAAUUGGGAAAUAUUUUAAUUUUUGUAAUUUCAUGAUUUAUGACAUUUUGGUUAAUUUUGGCCACAUGGCAAUUGGGUUGAGUAGGGGCACUUCACCCUUUAUCUAUCUAUCUAUCCAUCUUCUCUAAUGGGUAUUAAAACUUGUAUUUAUUUUUGGGCCACAUCACAACUGGGUCAACCAGAGGCACCUGGGACCCUCAAUUUUCUUUUUAACCCCCAAUUCUUAAGACAAUAUAUAGAAAGUCUUCCUUGAUAGAUAAAAUGGGUCCCAUGAUAUGCCUAUAGGCCCAUUUGGGACAGUUAGCUGGGCACUGCACUGGACAUUUUCAUUUCCUCAUCUGUAAAUUUAGGUACCAAAAAUUUACAGUAAAAAAAAAUUGUAAAUUUAACGUCCAAGAGAAGAAAAUUACACCGUAACUUGUCAAAUUUUCCUGUGUAAUUUUUUGUGUAAAUUUUAAUUUUUGAAGACCAUUAAAAUAGUUUUAGGGAAUUUUAAUUUUAAUUUUUAAUAUAAACUCAUUAAAAAAAUUGUACAAAUUACUAUGAUGUUUUAAUCUCUAUAAUAAAUAUUAAUGAUAA